CUCUGACACACAGCAGCAGCAGCAGCACAGACGAGAUGCCAGCAACAGAUGCUGCCAGCCGUGCCUUGUCCCCGUAGAGCAUCUUCGAAAAGCCCUCCCGAGAAGAAGGCAGGGCAAGAACUCGGGAGAAGAAGGAGCAGAGGUGGGGAAGGGAGGGGGGCAGAGAGAGAGAGAAGAAAGACCUCCGACCCCAAAGCAGGAGGGCAGAAAGGCCAAGCCGUCGCCAUUCGUCGCCCCCAAUUAAAAAAAACCCUAAAGAAGCGCAUUGCUUCUUCUCUCAGCCGUUUGACAGCCCUCGCGUGUUGAUUUCUCUGCCUUCGGCCAUGUCCAAGGCAGGAGCCCGCAGCCUGAGAGAUGGAGACGCAAAACUGCCCUCCUGCGAGGCAAGAGAAGGCACCUCGGCGGGAUCGUCGGCCGGAAAGUUGGACCAGAGGCAAGCGAUUGUCUGGAGGAAUGUAAUCCUUAUGGCCUUGCUCCACGCCGGAGCGGUCUAUUCCCUCUUCCUCCUUCCCAAAGCCCAUCUGUUUACUCUGAUCUGGGCAUACUUAUGUUUCCUAGUGACUGCCCUGGGGGUGACAGCAGGGGCCCAUCGCCUGUGGAGUCACAGAUCUUACAAAGCCAAGCUGCCUUUGCGGAUAUUCCUGGCUGCAGCCAAUUCAAUGGCAUUUCAGAACGACAUUUUCGAAUGGUGCCGAGAUCAUCGAGUCCAUCACAAGUACUCGGAGACGGAUGCCGACCCCCACAAUGCCCGGCGUGGCUUCUUUUUCUCCCACAUUGGCUGGCUCUUUGUCCGGAAGCAUCGAGAUGUCAUAGAGAAAGGAAGGAAGCUGGACUUCAGUGACCUGCUGGAAGAUCCUGUUGUUAUGUUUCAAAGAAAGCACUAUAAGGUUUCAGUCGUGCUGAUGUGUUUUGUCAUUCCUACUCUUGUGCCUUGGUACUUCUGGGGAGAGAGCUUGUGGAAUUCGUACUUUCUUGCAUCAGUCCUCCGCUACACCAUCUCGCUCAAUGUCUCUUGGCUGGUCAAUAGUGCUGCUCACAUGUAUGGCAAUCGGCCAUACAACAAGAACAUUAAUCCUCGGCAGAAUGUAUUCGUCACAUUAGGAGCCAUUGGCGAAGGUUUCCACAACUACCACCAUACCUUUCCAUUUGAUUAUUCAGCUAGCGAGCUUGGCUUGAAAUUCAACCCCACCACAUGGUUCAUUGACUUCAUGUUUUGGUUGGGCUUGGUCACGGAGAGGAAGCAGGCACCCAGGGAGAUGAUCCAAGCUCGCAAAGAGAGGUCUGGAGACGGCAGUUCUUGAGAAACGAAAUCAAGUCUCUGAACGUUGAUGCUGCUGUAUGUGUUGUUUGUAUGUUUUUUCUUUGGAGAGGGGGUCACCUUACCCCCACCUUCCCCUUAGGGGGGAAAUGGUAUUUUUCAUUGACCAUAGGCCAAGUCAAUUCCUGGAUUAAUUCCAUUUUACUUUAGCGCAGUGGUUUUUAAACUUUUUGUUGUUAGGCAGCCAUUUUCCACGCCAGCACAUCUUCCAAGAAGCCCCUGAUUGUGGCAGAAGGGCAUGUUCUAAAGCAAGGGUGGGCAGACCUUAGACUUUCUGUUGCAAGCUUCACUUGUCCCCUCUGUUCCAGAUGUUCAGGUGGUGAGUGAGGUAUGAGUAGGGUUUAUUUAUUUAUUACAUUUAUAUACCGCCCCAUAGCCGAAGCUCUCUGGGCAGUUUACAGCAAUUAAAGACAAUAAAAACCACAAAAACCAAUAUACAAAUUUUAAAACACAAAAAACAAUUUAAAAACACAAUUAAAAAAAAACUUAAAAACAAUUUAAGUUGGAGGGAAAGAAAGUCCUAAGGGGAGGGAAGCUCCCCCCCAGCCCAAAGAGGACUGAGCAUGCUCAGUGGCCAUGGAAUGCUGACUAGCUUUCAGGGCAGGGCAUAUAACGGGAGGGGAGGGAAAUGGAAUGGAGUGCCUAGAAUCCACACCGCUGCACUCCACACUGAAACAUUUCGUUGCAGGUCUCAGUAGCCCAAGUAUCAGUGCAUAUCUAAGUUUCUUAACAGAUCAGAUCAGGGAUUCAAACGUAAAACUCUAAAACAGGCCAGCAAAUCUGCUCAAAUACCUGAUUAAAGGCAACCUGUGACUACUCAAAUUUUACAGGGGUGGGAGAGAGAUAAGCAAUUAGCACAAGGCCAACCAGAGCAAAAUUUCCCGCCACCUUAACUACAAGUUGCAGGAACAAGAAAUUGUGUCUGCUCUCUUAAGCAUAAAGUCCCUUUUUUAAAAUGGCUGGGAAACAUUGGAGCUCCGAAAGACACAGCUUGCUGAUGGAUCAGGCAAAUUAUACAGUCAAGAGAGUGGCUAUAUACUAUAGCCAGCAUGGAUUUUUCACAUUCCACUACGUGAAAUUGAAAAUACCCCCAUGCCAUUCUGACGCUUCCCAUAAACUCAUUUCAAAACAAAAUCUUACAAAACAUAUAGUCCUGAACUGAGAAAUGGUUGCUUAACAACCCUCUAAGUUUUCAUGGUGAUACACAAGACACUAGAGUUCGAAGUAUAAAACAAGAGAAAAAAAUCCAGACCCCUGUUGGACUUUUUUGUCAGUGGUUUCAUAAUUUGUUGAAAUUAAUAAAAAAUCAGCCAUGUUCACAGAAUACCUGUAAUCCUAUUACUGACCUUGUUCCAUACUCUGACUUUCAUCUUCUGCAGCUUCAAAGUUUAAAAAUUGCAUGGCUGAUUUUUAAUUAAUUUAAGAAAUUUAACAUUGAUCUAUGAUAGCGCAGGCAUCUCAGUAAGAACCAACUGUCAAUUUUCUAACAGUCAGACUCAUAGUUGUUUGGCUUGGCUAAUCAGGGAACCACACUCAUGCCAGACCUUUAUUUCACUUUAGACAGUCAUGGCUUCCCCCCAAGAAUCCUGGGAAGUGUAGUUUGUGAAGGGUGCUGAGAGUUGUUAGGAGACUCCUAUUCCCCUGACAGAGCUCUAGUGGCCAGAGUGGUUUAACAGUCAGCCCCUCUUCUGGAGAUUGUAGCUCUUUGGAAUAAAUGCCUGGUGUAGAUGUGGCCAGGGACAACUUUGGUUUGAAUCUGAGUGGGAGACUACAUGUGUAGAUCCCCCCAAAUAAUGAUACUGUUAAGAAUAUUUUCCUUUGGAAAGGAAAGGAGCUUUCCCUCUGCCCAGUGCCCACACACCCAAUCAAUCUUCUCCUCUUCCUCUUCCUCUCCCCCGCCCGCUCCCCCUCUCCAUCCUCCCCUUCCCCCUCCUCCCC